AUGUCUCAGCCAGAACCUCAUUCUCCGCAGCGCAGAACGGUCCUGCAGCCCGGGCUUCCUCUGCACCAGAGGUGCUUCGGGGGAGGGGAGGCGCUGGGGAGGGGGCUGCCGCGCCGCCUGCCCGGGAUUGGUCCCGCCGAGGGGGCGCGUGGGGGGGCUGCUCGGCGGAAGCGGAAGCGGUGCGCGCCCCGCGUCUCUCCGCAGCUACCUGGGCACCCAGCGAGUGCACCCCCGCGCGGCGAGCAAGGCGUUCCACAAGUGCACCCCCGGGUGCAGUCACCCGGGGCCCCCGCGCGCACCCGCGGAUCCUUCGACCGUCCCGCGCGCGCUCCCUCGCGCCGACCUGGGCCCUCGACCAGUGCACCCCGCGGCCACCUGGGAGCCCCGCGGACCGGCGCACCCCGCCGGGACCUCAGCCCGCAGCCCGGCCCACCCCUCCAGCCCCGGGUCUCUGCGCCCUCCCCGGAGCGGAGCGGGGAGCCGCCGAGGCGCGAGUAUGGAGCCUGCCCGCGGUUACCUCCGGCGGCCCCCGGGCAGGUGCAGAGGCCGCAGCAGCCGGGCGCGCCCUCCCCGCGCCGCCGCAUGCCGCCCGCGCCGCCCCCCGCGAGCGGGUCGGUGGGUUCGCGGUGGUCCGGUGGUCGGCGCCUGCCCAAGGAUGCGAGGCGUAGGAGGGAAGCGCGCGCCCAGGCUCCAGCCCCGCGAUCUCGCCAUGCUUGGCACGAAGCCACCCAGUGCAUUCUACACCCCGGCGCCCUGCAGAAGCCAGUCAUGCGUGUCCCCGGGCCCAGCGCCAUUUCCCAGGGAGGCGCGAACCCUGUGUGCGCCCGGACCCUGACGGGUGUCUUCCCACCGAGGGGCUGACCUUACAGAUGGAGUGUUUGAGGAGCAGGUGGGCCUCGUUCAAUCAGUUGAAGAGGAAAAGACUGAUGUCCUCGAGGCAGAGGGAAUUCUGCCUCCGGAAGGGCCAGAUUCAGCUCUUCCCGGUUCCCACCCUGUGGCUGCGCUGGACACCUCAGACUUACGGCCUCCACGAUCCCCUGACCGUCUCUCCCUCCUUCCUUCCCCCUCUCACUGAGUCUGUAUCAAACUUUUACUCUCUGUUUAUGUUAUAGCACACUUGGGGCUA